AUGCCCACCUGUUCUUUAAGUGCCUUCCUCUCAUUUGCCUGUAACGAGAGCAAAAGACAGUUUAGAAGGCCUUUAGGAGCGUCAUCCAAUUUGAAAUCUCAUAAGAGAAGAAAAAGACGACCAAAAGUCCCAUGUCUUUCUUGGUUGGACCAAGGGAUUUCCGACAUCUUCAUUUUUAGAGCAAGAAGCGGAACUAGAAGAAAUCUUUCUUUAUCUUUAUUUAUAGAUAACCAAUCUUUUUUCAAAGAUAGUUGGGAGACUCUCCCCAAGAAAUGGGUAAAAAAAAUGGAAAGAUCGGAACAUGGUAAUAGAUCUGAUACCAAUUCGGAUUACCUAUUUCAAUUGUUGUGCGUUCUUAAAUUUCAUACCUAUACAAGGGUUCAAGUUUGUAUCGAUAUUUACGGAGUUGAUUAUCCCUCUCGAAAACGAAGAUUUGAAGUGGUCUAUAAUUUACUUAGUACUCGGUAUAACUCACGCAUUCAUGUACAAACCAGUGCAGACGAAGUAACACGAAUAUUUCCGGUAGUCAGUCUACUUUCAUCAACCGGCCGGUGGGAGCAAGACGUUUGGGAUAUGUUUGGUGUUUCUUUCAUCAAUCAUCCAAAUCUAUGUCGUAUAUUAACAGAUUAUGGUUUCGAGGGUCAUCCAUUACGAAAAGACCUUCCUCUGAGUGGAUAUGUGGAGGUACACUAUGAUGAUCCAGAGAAACGUGUAGUUUCUGAACCCAUUGAGAUGACCCAAGAAUUUUGCUAUUUCGAUUUUGCUAGUCCUUGGGAACAGCGUAGCAAUGGAUAAUUCAGAAUCUUAAUAGGUCCAGUCUAGUGUUGGACAAAUCAAUAGGAAAUGCUAUUUGCUUUGUAAGAAUUAAUUUCACUUUAUUGAAAGAGUUUCACGGGAGUCUGAUAUCAUUGAUAAAUUGGAAGAAGUGUUAUCGAACGAUUUCCUGCAAUUAUUCCCAGUAUGGAAUGAGUAAAGAAUCAAGCUACAAGUCUCGAUCUAUACAAAAGGGUUUUUGUCUCUCUUUUUUUUUUGGUUUCAUUGAUAGCAGAAGAGCCUUACUCUAUAGGGGCGCUAGCGCUUUACUAAUAGAAUAUCAAGUAAAGGGGCCUGAAAAACGUAAGAUAAGAGGCUGCUACUCUAGGCUCGCUUCGCUUCUUCGACGCUCCGCCCCUUAGACUAAAGCGCUAACGCGCCUUAUAU